ACGUUAACCUUUUAAAAACAAAAUAUCCUUGAGCUCUGCAUGUAACUUUAUCCCACGGCAUGGAUAUGAUUGCGGUCCACCAUGUCGAAAAUUUCGGAAUAACUAAAGGGGCUGCGGGGAGGGACUGAACCCUCGCGGAUGGGGAAUAAACCAAGCGGUUCCUGCAUAAUUCAUGGGGAGGAAGAAGGGCUACCACGAGGGUUACCUCGCGUUACCUUCGUCCCUCUAUCCCUCACGUCGCACGUAACGUUGCUGGAACUGUUGGUGUGCCCGCGUCGGAUCGAUCUUGUCGGCUGUGUGGCUAACCACGCCUACACGGCGCGGUAGGCUAGCUAUUGGCCAAGAGAUCAUGCUGGGGGACGUGCCAGCAAGGAGGAGGUGUGCCAACUAUGUUGUAUGUCCUUGCUGGCCACGGAAGGUGGGUGACGCGGAGGAGGUAGACGAGAGCGCAGUCGGCAACUUACUCCUGCACGGAGACGCUCGUGAUACUUCCUUCUGCCGCUUCGUUCGUGUCUCCGACGCACGGUCAGUUCUGGGCUUGGACGAGAACUGGACUUUUCGGAGGAAGACGAAGAAAUUAGAAGAAGCGAAAAUCACGCACUACCGAGCGACGGAAAAUCGCGAACGUCCGUCGAGCGAGAUUUAAUCAUCGCCCGUAAGGUGCUCGAUGGAAGAAGCACCGUGAGGCAAUGGAGAAGUUGGGCACAAGGAUGCGGGAAUGAUCCGGAAAAGCUGAAAGAUCGAGUAAUAACCAUCCGUGGACUACGAAACGGUCCGCGAUGUUGGUGCCGCCAGAUAUGCUGGCGUCCCACAAUCGGAUGCGUUAUCAGUUCAACAAGUACUUCACCGAAAGGGUGAUGAACAGGAAGAGUCAAGUAGCGAAGACCAUUCAAGAGGUGUGUCGAGUAGUGCAGGAUGUUCUCAAGGAAGUAGAGGUGCAGGAACCGAGAUUCAUCUCGUCCCUGACGGAUUACAACGGCCGGUUCGACGGUCUCGACGUGAUCUCGCCAACGGAAUUUGAAAUAGUCAUAUAUUUGAAUCAAAUGGGCGUGUUGAAUUUCGUGGACGACGGUACUCUGCCGGGCUGCGCGGUGUUGAAGCUCAGCGACGGACGCAAGAGGUCCAUGUCGCUCUGGGUGGAGUUCAUUACUGCAUCCGGCUACCUGUCGGCCCGGAAAAUACGCUCGAGAUUUCAGACUCUGGUGGCGCAGGCGUGUGACAAGUGCACCUACCGUGACUCGGUGAAGAUGAUCGCCGACACCACCGAGGUGAAGCUGCGGAUACGCGAGCGCUACGUUGUGCAGAUCACGCCGGCGUUCAAAUGUGCCGGCCUCUGGCCCAGGUCGGCCUCGCAUUGGCCCAUCACGCACAUACCAUGGCCACAUCCGAAUAUUGUCGCCGAGGUGAAGGCCGAGGGCUUUGAUAUGCUCUCGAAAGAGUGCAUAGGUCUACAGGGCAAGCAGUCCGCUAUGGAGGGCGACGCUUGGGCGUUGUCGUUUAUCGACGCGGAGAAUCGGCUGUUACAGGGCGGGAGCAGAAAGCGUUGCCUGAGCAUUCUCAAGACCCUGAGAGACCGGCACCUCGAUCUACCGGGGAACCCGGUCACCAGCUAUCAUAUGAAGACUCUGCUGCUCUACGAGUGCGAGAAACAUCCGCAUGAAGCGGAGUGGGACGACGGCUGUUUGGCCGAACGAAUAAAUGGGAUUUUUCUACAGUUGAUCUCGUGUCUGCAGUGCCGCAGGUGUCCGCAUUACUUCCUACCGAAUCUCGACCUCUUCAAGGGGAAAUCGCCUACCGGUUUGGAAAACGCCGCGAAGCAAGUGUGGAGACUUACCAGGGAAUUGUUGACAAACAGUCGUGCUCUUGAGAAACUGUAGUGACCGAUUUCAUUACGACUGUUCGCUAUACGAGUCAUCGACUGAUCUCGCAAUCUCGUCGUGCACGUUCCUAUCACGAUCGCGUCGUUACGGACUUUAACACACGCAUGGAUAAUCACGUUUCGAUAAUGUGAUAAUGACCGUGUAAUGCAAGAAUUGCGCGCGAGAAUCGUAACGUUAACUAAAGAUUAGUGACGCGAGGGACGUUCCUUUAACGUGCGGAAACGUCCUUUCUGGUUAUCGCUUUUGUUCAACGCACUGCCAGGUCUUCGAGGAACAUGUCCUGCGGUUUCCCGACACAUCAAGGAUCGUGUUCCGAAAAUGUUCAGUGCGUGAAAGUAUUCCUUGCGAAAGUACUUACGCGUGUACGUGAUGUUUAGUGAUGAACGCGUGAUUGGUCGCGGACCAUCGAACUAGUGCCAUAAAGAUUUGGACGUUAAAGACAAGUUCCGUUUUUAUUGUUGACGCGAAAUACUUAUUAAUAUAGAGGAUUAUAGUCGCAGAGAAUUAUCACUUACGGUUUCGACUUGAUGUAAUACCUCGUUACAACGUCGAGCCGGCGCACGUAAAGUAACCUUUAACUCGUGGUAUGAGAACUUUGUCACUGAGUACGAAAAGUCAGAGUUUCUACUUGACACGUUCAAUCCUUUAAACACUACAUUUUCAUUUGCGAACGUCUGUAACCGGUAAACACUAAAGAAUGCAAAUUACGAGGGACGAAAGUUUGUGCAGCCUUCCCUAAUUACCUCGAAAGAUGGUGCUUCGUCUUGGUACUUAUAACGAGUUUUUAAAACUGGGCCUACACAUACCAUACACGUACACACAUGCGCGCGCUCACACACGCACGCACGCACAUAUGCUCGUACGAACACUGCCACAUAACUCAGCAGCACUCAAAGGUUUAACGCGUUCGAUCAUCAUCCCUAAUUGCGUUCUUCGCGUGAAGCCUGCGUGGCCGAUCAAUGCGUUCGUUCUCGAGUUCUGGUCAAAGUGAUCGCGACCAUGGUUAAGGGUUAAUCGUUUCUCCCUUAUUAAUUCUCCGGCACCCUCGUGAAUCCCCCACCUCUCAUUCUACCUCUUCCCGCCCAGCCCAUCCCAUUUUAGCCGCCUAUGUAAAUAAAACUUGAAAGAUAUUUAUUGAACUGUAACAAAAAAUGUGAAAUAUAGUACUAUUUAUAUGGAAGCCUGGUACGCGUCGGUUGAUGACACAUCACGCACACCCACUCCUUACUCCACAAUGUGCUCCACCGAAAAAUCGGUUGUCAUAAAUAUCGCCGAACGUCGUUGGUAGUCGCCGUGCGACGAUCGUUAAACGCUUCGCCCGAUGAAAGCGUCGCGAGGAAGAGAGCGAGUUAGGCCUCGUAAAUUUUACAGUCAGCCUCGCACUUUUUUGUCCUUCGCGUCGCCAUUGGAGAUUGAGGCGAGAAGAGAGCCAACGAGAGAAGGAACGCGUGCACCUUCCUUCCUCCUUUGCAUUUCGAUGCCGAGCGACGGUAACGCACAGCCACGCGAGCCGAAAAGAUACAUCCGAAGAAUCGCAUCGUGAAAAAACGGGGUGUAUAUUUAGUAUUUGGAUUCGCACAUUCUUAACGUGGCUCUAACUAAGACCGACUCGUUCGCCGCUUUUCACUGUUCAAGGAAGAACUGUCUCUCUCGGCAUUGAGUAAUGCGCGCGACGUCGCAACGCAAAUGCCAAUUAUUGAAUACAGUUAACAUCAGGGAUUAUUUACGCGUUCAUAACGAAAGCGAUACACGGGUGAAUUUCUUACUACCUCUUUGCCAAUUUCGUUACCCUUCGACGUCCCGCCAUAAUUACCGUCGCGCGCGCGCGCGUAUAUUUCUCUUUUUUUUUUUUUCACCUACGUCCUUUUUAUUGAUAAGCUAAUUGGGUCUUAUCUCAAUGUUUUACUGCAGACGUUGCUUAUACGGUCUAUAGCCUACGUAAUAACUUGCGUCGAGCAAGGCGGGUUUUAAACAGAUGCUACUCUUAACGUGUAGAAGCAGAACGUCGUAUUGCGGUGUAGAAAGAGUGCCCCGUGUGGGAAAAAGAGAACAUUACAGCAAUAACUAACUAACUGUCACUAACGAAUUAGAUUUUUUGCGUAUAUCAGUACAUUAUCGUUU